CUGUGUUAUUUCGAGAAGAAGAAGACUGCCGGAGAGCGGAUUCGUCGCGGUUUUGUUGCGAUUCGUUUCCUCCGCAACGGCAACGUGGCUCUAUUCGCCUCGCGUAGCGAAUCGUCCACCACGCGCGCGAAACGUGACAGUCGAAGCUUCGAGGAGUUCGAGGACCGACCGACGGGAAAUUUCCACGUAAUCCUCGUAUCGUGUGUAUUCACUGAGUGACGUUGCGCCUCGACCGAUCCGAUUCAAAGUCGCGUGUCAUCCUUGUCAAUUCCUGUCGCACGCGCUCUCCUCGGGAAGGAUAAUUGCGUCGCAGCGAAUUAAGUUGUUUUUCACUGAUGUAAUUAGCAUAUCCUGCCGCGCAGGUAUUUCGCGGACGCUAGGAAGAUAGAGGUACCUGUACACAGGCGUAGAAUAAGAGUCAAACAUGAGUCUACAGUGGACGCUCAUCGCCGGUUUCCUCUACAUCGAGGUCUUUCUCGUCCUCCUCCUGGUAUUGCCAGUGGCCUCGCCUACGAGAUGGCAAAAGCUCUUCAAAUCUCGCUUCUUGCAAAGUAUAAAUAAUCAGGCUUCCAUUUACUUUGUGGUUUUGCUGGGCGUCCUGGUUCUCUUUUUGCUGGACGCCAUACGGGAGAUGCGAAAGUACUCUGGAAGCAUGGAUCACGCUGAUCAUCAUCAUCAGUUGAACCUUGAAAUGCAAGAAAACAUGAGAUUGUUCCGCGCCCAGAGGAAUUUCUACAUAUCCGGCUUUGCGCUGUUUCUGAGCUUGGUGAUACGCCGCCUCGUCAUCCUGAUAUCCACCCAAGCUUCCCUGCUCGCGCAAAAUGAGGCGGCCAUGCGACAGGCUCAGUCCGCGACAACCACAGCCAGGAGCCUGUUAUCCCAGAGAACGACCGGGGAAAGUGCGCAGAACGACUCCAACGAGGCGCACGAUAAAGCUGUCUCGGAACUGAAAAAUCAAAUCAAGGAGUUACAAGCCAAGAACCAGGAGCUCGAGAGCAAUUUGACUAAAGAGAAGAAGGAUAAAGAGGCGAUAAAAUCGCAGGCAGAGUCAGUCACAAAGGAGUACGAUCGUUUGAAUGAGGAACACGCGAAACUCGUGCAAUCGAGCGGUGAUAAGAAAACCGAUUAA